GUGGCACAGCUGAACGACCGGAUUUCGAUGCUGGAGAAGAUUAACUUCGACAAGUUUGGCCCAACCGAUUAUGCAGCCCGUAUGUUUGGCGGAGAAGUUAUCUCGGUGGCGAGCCAUUUCUCGUCGGAAAACGAUAGCCUUCUGACGAAACUACAAAACAUCUUCCAGAAGCACUCCCAUAACCAAAUGCAAUGUAUCGUGCAGGACUGCGGCACAUGCUUGGCUAUCGAUGGAAGCCACGGCUCAGUUUUACUGAAGCUAUCCACUAACAUAGUUUUAAAUUCCCUCACGAUCGAACACUUCCCGCUCCACGCAUAUCCAAGGAACAAACAUGGGACAUACAGUGCCAUUAAAGAAUUUUCUGUCUGGGGAACAAACGAUUUGAAUGCUCACGACACGGAAAUUUGGUAUGGAUCGUUUUGGUUUGACUAUAAACAAGAUUUCCUGCAAACUUUCCAUUUCGCGGCGGAUACCAAAACGUUAAGUGUCCGCUACGUGCGUGUGAAAUUUUUCUCCAACCACGGUGAAGACUACACGUGCAUUUAUCGAUUGCGAGUGCACGGAACUCCGAUGCAAACUGACAGCCUCCCGGAGACUGCGUGA